CCCCAGCCCCGGAAGUCAGCCACCCGAGCCGCGGCCUCAGGUCCCGCUCUGCGCCCCCGCCCACCAGUCGGCGUUCUCGCCCGGGUCUCCUGUUGAGCGAGGUACCCGCACGACCCCGGGAUGUACAUGCAGGUGGAGAGGCGCAGCAGCUCCUGCCUCCAUCUGAAGAGGUCUCCAGGCAUCCGGUCCUGGUCCCUGCUGGUCGGGAUCUUGUCCAUCGGCCUGGCUGCUGCCUACUACAGUGGAGACAGCCUGGGCUGGAAGCUCUUCUACGUCACGGGCUGCCUGUUCGUGGCCGUACAGAACCUGGAGGACUGGGAGGAGGCAGUCUUCGACAAGGGCACCGGGAAGGUCGUGCUGAAGACAUUCAGCCUGUACAGGAAGCUGCUCACACUCUUCCGGGUGGGACACGACCAAGUGGUGGUCCUGUUGCACGACGUCCAGGACGUGAACGUGGAGGAGGAGAAGGUGCGGGGCUUCGGGCGGGGUUUCGUGGUGGUGCUGCGCUCGGCCACCGGCUUCUCGCACCCCCUCACCCAGAGCGCCGUCAUGGGCCACCGCAGCGACGUGGAAGCCAUCGCCAAGCUCAUCACGGCCUUCCUGGAGCUGCACCGCCUCGAGAGCCCCGGGGAGCUGUCUCAGAGCAGCGACAGUGAGGCCGACGGGCCCAGGGGCCAGAGCUGACCCCCCCGAACCCCUGGGCUUGGUCCUGAUGGCGCCCCAGCAGGCCUGACAGGCCACUGGCCGGUCCUCCUCCUCGUCACCCCGCUGUGUCCUUGGCUGCCCCCGUGUGGGAUCCCUGGCCACUCCCACAGCUCUGGGCAGAGCCACAGCUGGACCAUCUCUGCAGCUCCAAGGUGCCCAGGGAGAGCACGGGCCCUGCUGGGCAGCGUGGGCCGUGACUGGACAGACCCACCCUGCAGCCCACCAGCCCCGUAGGGGUCUGGCCUCUGAAAGGGGAAGGUUCCCUAGGGCGCAGCUGGCUCAGGCUGUGGACAUGGAGGCUGGCACGCAGUCCCCAGGAAUCCCAGCAGUAUCGUCCAGCCCCCACACCACGUCCCUCUCCUGGGCCGAUGUCCUCAGUGGUCAGAAGUGAGGUCCCACCCACGGGCUGCAGGGGCCCACCUGGCCUCCCCAGCAGAGACCUUUCCUGCAAGAUGGCUCAUCUCAGAACCCACCAGGAUGCACUGGGCCAUCAUGGGCAGGGACCCCUCAGCCCUGACAAGGCUGCUCAAAAGAAGAGGGCAUUUCUUCCAGCUUUGCUCAGCGCUUAAAGCCAGGAUCUCCCCCCUGGAAGUCGGACUCCCAGCUUCCCUCGGGGCCUGGGGCCUGUUCCUGCAUGGCAGGAAAUGGGCCGCACCCACAUGAUGGGGCCCCGAGGGUGACUCAGGGCAUAGCCACCUGGGCACAGCCUGCAACACCCCGGGGUCACCCCAGCUGGGCCCAGGCGACCAGGCCAUCAGGAAGGACGGCGGUUUGCAGCCACCCUCUCCCUUCUCAGCGGGGCCCAGCCAGCCCCCCUUGGUUUGGGAACACGGUCAUUCAGACCUAUGGAAGCUAGGUUUUCAAACUUAAAUCUGAGAUGGUUUUUUUUUUUCUAAAAUAAAGUAAAAUGCUGUGAC